AUGAACACUUCUUCCCCUAGCGCCACCAUGCCUUUCAACGAGGCCUAUGUUCGUCAACAACUUCUGACCUUGCCGCAAUUCACUGCAUCUCCUGGAUUUAAGGAAUACGUGCAGUGGCGUGGUGCCGGGCAGGAGGUGUUAGCCCUGCCAGGCAGGCCCACAGACGCCAUAGAACCUGUCCAGUUGAUUGUGGUUGGUCAAGUCACCACACGCGCGUACCUCGAGCCCCAAGGGAACUUCAAUCCAAUGUGGCAAGAUCCUUUGCGAAAUGCCAUUGGGGCGAAGCUGGUGUUCGAUGUUGGGAAGCCUCUCCAGGUUCUCACAUUGGGCGGAGACUAUGAUACGAGUUUUGAUAACCUGUCCGAGUGUCAAACGUCGAUUGCGAAGACGAACAAGCACAACCAUUUCCUGAACAAGGAAACGCGCACUAUGCGGUUCAGUUUUCCGCUUUGGGAACCAAGGAGUGUUGAAAAUACGACUCCCGCGCGCGACAGUGCCACAUACGGAUAUACAGUCAACCCCGCUUGCACCCCUUGGUUCAACAGUGCAAAAAAUUCUCACCAUAUCCGACUGAUGCCUGUGUACGACGUGGAGGAAACACUAAUUACGCGCCCAGACUUGUUCGCCUUGUUGCUGAUAGGUUCCGUGGUGGAAGUGACUUUCACUCUCCGCCACUACCACAUGGCCGUCACAUCCACUCGCACAGAUGCAUCCGAUACUUUCUCGGCGAGAGUUGAAAGUGUGAGUGUCUUAUGUCCACCCCCACCUGUUCUGCAGAGCCCUAUUCGCAUGAUCUCGCCCCGUAAACCGCCCCGUCAGGCUCAGACUCCUACUCGCCAUGACUUUAGUCAGGUCAAGCAACCGUCUUUCACCGCCAACCCUAUGACGGUUCAUCUGGCUUUGCCAAUGAGUAGUGCUGUAGGACCACAAGCAGCAUACCAAACCAGUACCUCAUCCGCUACAUCUUUCACAGUAGAUACGGCCCUCAGCGCCACUGGGGCACCAGGACACGCCUCUUUUCCGGCGUCCCAUGAUAUCGCUGGUGGUCCAACGACACCGGUAAUGGGGGUGUCCCCGCCUCCGACGCUUAUGCGACCCGCAGCAGCAGCGUCUGCUUCUGCGCAGGCGCCGCCACUUAUUGCUUCGACGUCGAUCCCUUCCGCACCUGUGCCUGUGGCUCCCCCUGUGGCACCCGUGUCUGUCCCGCCGACGCCUGCGCCUGUGUCUGUCCCACCGCCGCCUGCUCCCGUGUCUGUCCCACCGAUGCCUACGCCUGUGUCUGUUCCACCGGCCCCGGAACCUGUGUAUAUCCCUCCUCCGGCUGGGUCUGUCCCGCCUGCCUCUACGCCUGUGUCCGUCCCUCCUGCGCCUGCGCCAGUGCGUGACACUCCGGCACCUGCGCCUGGGACUGUCCUUCCUCCGCCCGCGCAAGCGUCUGUCGCACCUAACGUCACGGUCACAAGCGGAGGUGUGGCCUCGGGGCUCGUAGGAUCUUCGUCCGAUGGUGGUUCGCAACAGAGUGACCCUGCGACAUCUUCAGCUCCUGUGGCACCGGUACCUGUGGUGUCUCAACCGGAAACCAGACGGUCAAGCUUACGUCGUUCAAGAGAAGUUACGGACCAAGGAGAUGGGGAAGGAAGUCCUACCAAGAAAACCAAGUAA